CAACCAGGAUGAAGUUGUCCUGACUGGAGGUUAGCAGUGCUGUUCUGGGUUCCGAUGAACUUAAGUCAACAUGGAAGCCAAAAGACCAGACUCUCCACUAUCAUCUCUGAACCUCCUUGAAAACGAUGAAGUGGAGUUUGUCCGAACUGGCUAUGGGAAGGAUAUGGUAAAAGUUCUUCAUAUUCAACGAGAUGGAAGCUAUCACAGCAUUAAAGAGGUGAUAACUUCGGUGCAACUGACUCUGCGGUCCAAGAAAGAUUAUGUGAAUGGAGAUAACUCAGACAUCAUCCCUACAGACACCAUCAAGAACACAGUGCAUGUCUUGGCAAAGUUCAAGGGGAUCAAAUGCAUAGAAAACUUUGCUGUGAACAUUUGUGAGCAUUUUCUUUCUUCUUUUAACCAUGUCAUCCGAGCUCAUGUGUAUGUGGAAGAGGUCCCGUGGAGGCGUUUUGAAAAGAAUGGUGUCAAGCAUGUCCAUGCAUUUAUUCACACACCCACUGGAACCCACUUCUGUGAGGUUGAACAGAUGAGGAAUGGAUCUCCAGUCAUUCAUUCUGGAAUCAAAGACCUCAAGGUUUUGAAAACAACCCAGUCUGGAUUUGAAGGAUUCAUCAAGGACCAGUUUACCACCCUCCCUGAAGUGAAGGACCGAUGCUUUGCUACCGAAGUAUACUGCAAAUGGCGCUAUCACCAGAACAAAGACGUGGACUUUGAGGCUACUUGGGACACUGUGCGGAACAUUGUGCUGGAGAAAUUUGCUGGUCCCUAUGACAGAGGUGAAUACUCUCCUUCUGUGCAGAAGACCCUGUAUGACAUACAGGUGCUCUCCCUCAGCCAGAUUCCUCAGAUAGAAGAUAUGGAAAUCAGCCUGCCAAAUAUCCACUACUUUAACAUAGACAUGUCCAAAAUGGGACUGAUUAACAAUGAAGAGGUCUUGCUGCCAUUAGACAACCCAUAUGGGAAAAUUACUGGAACAGUCAAGAGGAAGAUGACCUCAAGGCUGUGACACCAUGGCCACCAAUAGGA